GUUAUUAAUAAAACGUGAUUAACGCAUUGGUGUCCAUGUAAAACACGACACCUGCCAAUCAAACAAGCGCUUCGCUUGCGAAAUGGUGUUGGAGGGAGCGACGGUGGCGCGGUCCCUCUACGACGAGAACUUGCGGCUUCAAGAACGUCUCGAUGCACAGGAGUUGGAGAUUGAGGAGCUUCUCAUGGAAAAGACUCGUCUGAAGCGGAAGGAGAUGCGCGCAUUGUACCGCCAACGCAUGGUCUAUCGGCACCCAGCGGUAGUGCUUGAAGAACCGACGGCGUCCGACGAGACAUUCGACUUCGACCGUCGCGAGAUGCAGAUCAUCUUGAUGGAAGACGCGUAUGACUCUAUGCUUCGAAUGGUGGACAAUGGCAUGAACGAAGUGUCGGAAGAUGACGUGGACGUCGUGGAUUCCUACCACGGUCUUUACCGCUUCCAUCGGCAGUGGCACCCCCAUCCCAAUUCCGAUGUGCCUAUCAAAUCCCAGAAUAUCUCUAUGUACGACGAGCCAUGGAAGAGUCUUCUCGAUGCCUACGCGAAUGGCAACCCCAACAAAUUCAAAUACCUGUCAUCGUGGAUCCGAUACAUGCUACUUGGCGGAAGCAUCGGACCAGCGGCGGCGCCUGCGCAGUUCCCAGCGGGGGUCGAGCUCUCGUUCUUGUCCAAGGAGAUCUUUGAGGGGUUUUCCAGGAUCUUGGUGCCGGCGCUCCAAGAGCACCGACCCGAUCUCAACGUGCAUGUGUUCUCCAAGACCGUCGUGGACUGCACGUUACGCAUCGUCGUAAUGCCGAAGCAUCGCUUGCAUACGAAGAAAUCCGAGCAGCAUGAAGGUGGUCAACCAGCCGCCGGACUACCAGUUGCGAGUUAGGCGUCGAUCCGAAGAUAUGGAGAGAAUCGGAAGGAGCGAUGGGAUGGUUUAAGUUAUAUGACUAAAGUAGGGUGUUUCUUGCACUCCUUUCUCCAUGU